GGUUCUGCGGGCUGGACGCGUUUUUCUCUGCUGUUUCCAAACAAAACAAAGACUUUCAGCUACAAACACAAACUUAAAUUUGUCUUUUUGGUGUCUUUCAACUUCUAAUUUUAAUCUAAAAUGUCGUUAAAGUCGUAAAUCUGAUGCGUCGAGACUUUAAACCGAAACAAGCAGCGACGACCUUUUUUCCAUUGAGUCCAUCCUGCGGAUUAAAAACCAAACAUGAGACUGGAGCUUAUAUUUUUAUCUGUUUUCAUGGUUUUAACCGAGGCCGCCAUUUCUAACCCCGCAGGAACAGAAGAGGAACAUUACACAUCUCUCCAGUCAUUGCUGGACGAUUUCGACGUGCUGCCCCUGUCCAGCCUGCAGACCCACUCAGUCCGCCGCAGAGAUGUCCAAACCCAGACUCACGUGGAGAAGCUGCUCACCUUUGACGCCCUGCAGAGGCACUUCAGGCUGUAUCUGAGGACCAACGACCAGCUGUUCACCGAGGACUUCAGAGCUGUGGUCGUUGGCGAGGACGGCCGGGAGCGGAGUGUACCUGUCAACAGGCACAACUACUUCACUGGACACGUCAUUGGGGAGGAACACUCUCGAGUUCAAGCUCACAUUGACGACCACGAGUUCUCCGCUCACAUCCUGACCGACGAGGCCGAGUACAACAUCGAGCCUCUCUGGAGGUUCAUGUCAGCGCCACCCGAUGGUCGUCUGCUGAUCUAUCGCUCAGAGGACAUCAGGAACCUCAGCCGACUUCACCGACCGUCAGUGUGCGGCUAUGUGACCUCUGACCCCGACUUCCUCCUUCCUGAUGGCGUUAAAGUGGAGCUAUCUGAAGACCAAGAUGAAGGAGAGUCGAUGCAAAGAGUGAAACGCCAGACCCCCGACCCCCUGAAGAACACGUGUCCUCUGCUGCUGGUGGCUGACCAUCGCUUCUUCAGAUACAUGGGCCGAGAGGAAGAGAGCACCACGCUCAACUACCUGAUCGAGCUGAUCGACCGUGUUGACGACAUCUACAGGAACACGUCAUGGGGUGAAGGGUACACAGGCUAUGGUGUUCAGAUCCAGCAGAUCAUCAUAGAGAAGAGUCCGACUCCUGUGGCUGCUGGAAAAAGUCACUUCAACAUGAGAGGAAGUCCAAUGAAGGGUCGAGACGUUUGGGACGUCAAGAAGCUGCUGGAGCAGUUCAGUGUUGACAUCGCAGAGAAAGCAUCCAAUGUCUGCCUCGCUCACCUGUUCACCUAUCAGGACUUUGACGAGGGCACUCUGGGUCUGGCCUACGUCGCUCCAUCCAAAGACGACAUCCCCGGAGGUCUCUGCUCCAAAGCCUGUCCUUCAUCUGCAAACGAACAGAAAGCGAUCUACCUGAACACCGGCCUGACCAGCACCAAAAACUACGGGAAGACCAUUCUGACUAAGGAAGCAGACCUGGUGACGACUCACGAGCUGGGCCACAACUUUGGAGCAGAACACGACCCUGACAACAUACCAGGUUGUGCUCCACGAGAGGACCAGGGUGGGAAAUACGUCAUGUACCCCAUCGCUGUAAGCGGAGACCACGCCAACAACAAGUUGUUCUCUACCUGCAGCAAACUCUCCAUCGUGAAGCGUCUGAAGUCCAAGGCUAAUUCCUGCUUCAAACAGAGGAACAUCAAUGUGUGCGGGAACUCACGGGUGGAACAGGGUGAGGAGUGUGAUCCAGGGCUGCUGCACAUCAACACAGACCCCUGCUGCACCACUGACUGCAGGCUGAGAGCCAGAGCUCAGUGCAGUGACAGAAACAGUGCGUGCUGUAAAAACUGCAUGUUCGAGUCUGAAGGUGAAAUCUGCCAGGAGCCCAUCGAUGCCACGUGUAAAGGACACUCUUAUUGCACAGGAAACAGCAGUGAGUGCCCUCCUCCAGAGAACGCCGCUGAUAAAACCGUGUGUCUGGACAGUGGCGAGUGUCUUAAUGGGGAGUGUAUCCCAUUCUGUCAGGCCAUCUUAAAGCUGCAGCCCUGUGCCUGCAAUGAAACCAACUCUUCAUGUAAAGUUUGCUGUCGCAGCAGCAGUGGCACCUGUGCCCCCUACCAGGACGAAACAGGAAACUUCCUCUUCCUGCGUAAGGGCAAACCGUGCACCGUGGGCUUCUGUGACGGAGCGGGGAAGUGUAAUAAGCAGGUCCAGGACGUGGUGGAGCGUCUGUGGGACUUCAUCGACAAACUUGAUAUCAACACCUUCGGAAAGUUUCUGGCUGAUAACAUCGUGGGGUCGGUGGUGGCGUUUUCCCUUCUGUUCUGGGUCCCCUUUAGCAUCCUGGUUCACUGUGUGGAUAAGAAACUGGAUCAACAGUACGAACAGACCACCAAGUCUCUGUUCUUCCCCAGUAAUGCAGAGCUCCUGAGCAGCCUGGAAUCUGCGUCCGUCCGAAUCUUCAAACCUCCGACCUUCCCGACCUCGGCCUCCUCCGCUGGGCUUCGCUUCCAGCCGUUCGGCCCGCAGCAGACCAGCACGCCUCCAGUUUCUGUGUCCGACCAUGCUCCUGUCCCUACCCCCUUCCCGGGCCCGGGCCUCCCCCCUCUGGACCCCCGCAUGGCCACCAUCCAGGAAGACCCCAGCCUGGACUCUCACCUGGCCGAGGAUGCUCUAGAGGAGGCGUUUGGGAGGCCGGCAGGGGCAGCUCAUCGUUCUUUUGAGGACCUGACGGAGAAAAGUGUGGUGAGUCGCAGCGAGAAGGCGUUGUUGUUCAGACUGCAGAGACAGCGGCAGAUCGACACCAAGGAGACGCAGUGCUGAGAGGACAAAGAGACGAGCUGAUUUCUGCACUGAUGCUUUUUUUAUAUCAAUCUCAGGUCCGAUUGCUACAUUUAAUGUAAAACCACUUUUUAAAUUCUUGUUAGGAGUGAACAAAAGCAAAUUGUCUGUAUUUGAAGAUGGACGAACCCCAUCUCUUUGUAAAAAUCGAGCCAAAGAAGGGUGGUCACAACACCCAUCGUUAUCCUUAAUGUGAUUCUAGUAAAAAUCUAAAUUAUUUCUUUUAUGAAAUACCACAAAGUCAUAGACACCAAAUACUGGGUAACUUGUGUUUACUUUAAAAGAUUGCAGAAAAAAUUGUGCAAAAAUGCAGGUUUUGUGCAUUGUGCAUUGUUUUUGUGCGAUUUUGUCAGUAUGAGAUUACCUCCAUUUUUUAGAAGUUAAGAAAAGAGUAUUGGGUUUCUACGGCUUAGCUUUUUGUUGCUAUGGUAUCAAAACUAUGAUUUGAUCUUUUUCUAGAAUCAUAUCAAAGUUUACAAUUUUGGGAUCAUGACAACCCUAAACCCUAGUUUUUACACUAAUAUCAAUUCCUCAGGUUGUUCUUAUCUUUUUAGAACAAACACAGAGAUUUAAGCUUUGUAAUAAUACAAGUCUUACAGUGCCUAUAAAAAGUAUUCACCCCCUUGGAUGUUUUACCCUCUUAUUGAAUUUAUAAAUGAAUCAUGGUCAGUAUAAUUUGGCUUUUUUAAAUAAAAAGGCAUGUGGGAGACUC